AUUACCUGCCUUGAUUGUUCUAUGGCUAGAUAAAAAAGUACACAUACACUCCAUAUAAUAAUCGGAUGCAUGUAAAAGAGUCGGGGAAGCUUCGACAUGUCGACCACGGGUCCCAUAAGUAAUUAUUAUGUGGACUCCUUGAUCAACCAUGAAAACGAGGAUGUCCUUGCUGCAACUCGGUUUUCGGCGCCCGGUUCGCACCCAGCCGGCCCUCGUCCGACGUCCCUAGUACCGGAGUGUGCUGACUAUCCUUCCUGCAGCUUCGCACCCAAGCCACCCGUCUUCUCCACCUCCUGGGCCCCUGUACACUCCCAGUCAUCAGUGGUUUACCAUCCAUACAGUCACCAACCUCACUUAGGCACAGACUCGAGGUAUAUGCGGUCAUGGCUGGAGCCGAUAUCAGGCGCCGUGCCUUUCCAUGGCUAUCCGGGGAACAGCAGGCACUAUGGGCUGAAGCCGGACGCCUUUCAGGAGCACAGAGCCGGCGAGUGUCUCGGCUCCAGCGGACGGACCUACACGGAUUAUCUUUACUGCUCAUCCACUGACAUGCGAGACAAGACGCAGCAGAAUAUCCCCUCUCCCGAGUCGGAGCUCCUGGCUUCAGGGAAACAUAAAGACGAGAAGCCGGAGCUAGAUCCGAAUAACCCUGUGGCAAAUUGGAUACAUGCCCGCUCCACAAGGAAGAAGCGAUGCCCUUACACAAAGUACCAGACUCUCGAACUGGAAAAGGAGUUUUUGUUCAAUAUGUACCUUACUAGAGACCGCCGAUACGAGGUCGCGAGGGUCCUGAAUCUGACCGAGAGGCAGGUCAAAAUCUGGUUUCAGAACCGGCGAAUGAAGAUGAAGAAAAUGAACAAAGAAAAAACCGACAGCAAAGAACAAUAAUGUGGACUGCAGUCUGAAAAAAGCAAACAAAAAAACAAAAAACAAACAUAAUAACCACUAGUCACAUGGACAGCACAGAUGUACCAAAACACACGAUGACCCCCAACCACCCUUCCUCUUCAUAUUUAUCAUUUUGUUGGAUUUUUGUAUUAACCUUAACUUCGUUUGAUGCUAAUUAUGUUAUUUUCCAGUGCACAAUAAUGUGUCAAGCGUUAAAGACUAAAAAAAAGAGAAAGAAAACAAGAAAAACUUAAAACUGAAAUACUUACAUUCUGCUUUCACUUCGAAACACCUUUUUUUUUCCUUCUUUUUUUGUAAGAGAAAUUAUACAAGCGCAGUUUGGAUACGUUAAAACUGUCCGAAGAAAGAGAAUACUUGAAUUCUUUUGAAUUUCACAAACCCAUAAUUUAUGAUGUGAAUGUUUUCUUUCAUGUUUUAGUUUCUUUGUACGUUGUUGCGCAGGUGUAGUAUUUUGUACAGAAACAGAGCAUCUGCGAUCGGACUUGUCUUGUAUUUUUGUGAUAGUUGUUGCUGUAUUUGUGCAUCUCUUUGUUAAUUUUUGUUCUUUUUUUUGGGACUGUAGUCUACGAGUUUAAUAAUAGAGUGUAGAUAUAGACAUCUGCAAAU